UGUACACAUAUAUAUUUUAAAGUUCUAAGUAAACUAAUUAGACAUAUAUUAGUUUUCCAUUUUGGAGCAUAUAUCACCUUUGGCUUAAGGUGUUUGGAGACUUUGGUCUGUUCUUCAAAAGAUGGCGAUGAUGACAAUGAUGAUGAAGAUGAAGAAGGCUAUCCCUUCAAAGGCUUUGGUGAUCAAAAUCAACCUAGUUAUCCUUGCUUUCUUAUUUGUCAUCUAUGGAACUCUUCUUCUUUGGCCAUCAUCGUCAGUCUACCAUGAAAAUGCAGCUGCUCUUGUUAGGUGCUCUCUGCGCGGUUGCCAUCACAAGGUGGACAAAGGGAUUAAGAUGAAGGCAGUGUUGGAAGAGACUGAAACCAAUCAUCCGAAGCCCAAGAGAAAUUUAGUGAAGACAGAGAAGCCGAGCUUCUUGAAUGAUCAUAUAGGGAAUGGAACAAAGAUUGGAAUGGUGAAUAUGAAUGAAGAGGAUAUAAGUGAAUGGAACACUAAUGGAGAAACUAUACCCAUUGAUUUUGGGCAAGUUUCAGAGAUAUUUGAGUGGAAGGACUUGUUUCCAGAAUGGAUUGAUGAGGAGGAAGAGAUAGAUGGACCGUUAUGCCCGGAGAUUCCAAUGCCUGACUUGGAGAAUUAUGGGUAUGUGGACAUGGUAGUGGCAAAAUUGCCCUGCAAGUACCCAGAAGAAGGGUGGGGGAGGGAUGUGUUUAGGCUGCAGGUGCAUCUGAUAGCGGCCAAGUUGGCGGCAAAGAGAGGGAAAAGAGGGUGGAAUGAGGGGAGGACCAAAGUGGUGCUGCUGAGCAAGUGCAGGCCAAUGCUGGAGCUGUUUCGAUGCAAUGACAUGGUCACACAAGAAGGCGACUGGUGGUUCUUUCAGCCCCAAAUUGAGAGGUUGGAGCACAAGAUUUCACUGCCUGUUGGCUCCUGCAAUUUGGCUCUCCCACUCUGGGGAAAAGGAGUGGACGAUGUUUACGAUCUAUCCAAUAUCGGAAACGACACAAACACAGCAGUAAAACGCGAAGCCUACGCUACACUCCUGCAUUCCUCCGAAUCUUACGUUUGCGGCGCAAUAGCCCUAGCCCAGAGCCUCCUCCAAACCGGAACCAAACGCGACCUGAUCCUCCUCCUGGACAACUCCAUCUCGGUUCCCAAACGCGAAGCCCUGGCAGCAGCGGGCUGGAAAAUCCGAGUCAUAAAAAGGAUCCGAAACCCGAGAGCGGCAAAGAACUCGUACAACGAAUACAACUACAGCAAGUUCCGACUAUGGCAGCUCACAGACUACGACAAGAUAAUCUUCAUCGACUCCGACAUCAUAGUACUCCGCAGCUUGGAUCUCCUGUUCCACUAUCCUCAGAUAUCGGCGGUGGGAAACGACGGUUGGAUAUUCAAUUCGGGAAUCAUGGUCAUAGAACCAUCCAACUGUACAUUUGAAAUAUUCAUGCAACGGCGCAAAGAGAUCGUGUCGUACAACGGCGGCGACCAGGGGUUCUUGAAUGAGGUGUUUGUGUGGUGGCACAGGUUGCCGAGGAGGGUGAAUUUUUUGAAGAACUUUUGGUCGAAUGGGUCAGUGGAGGCGGGUGUGAAGAACCAGCUAUUCGGGUCGGAUCCUCCGAAGCUGUAUGCGAUACAUUACCUGGGGUUAAAGCCGUGGCUGUGUUACAGGGACUAUGACUGUAAUUGGGACAUUGCCGAUCAGAGAGUGUAUGCCAGCGACAUCGCACACCACAGAUGGUGGAAGUUUCACGACGCCAUGGAUAACAACUUGCAGAAGUUUUGUGGCUUGUCGGAACAAAGAAAGAUUGAGUUGGAAUGGGAUAGGAAGCUCGCUAGGAAAGUUGGUUUUCCUUAUCGUCAUUGUUGGAUUAAUGUCACUGAUCCACGACGGUUCAACUGAUUUUCAUAAAAAAUUUUUUUUUCCUUUUUUGUAAAAUUUCUUUCAUAAUUUUUUGUUUUGUUAAAAACAAAAUUAUGUGCGUAGAAAUUGAUCAUAGAACACUUACAAGCUUUGAGUCUCAGAUGGGUCCUAUUGUAAAACCCACCCCUUGGACGACUCACUCUUGUGAAUGUUCUGCGGUUUCGUGCGCAUAAAAAUACUCUUCGGUUAUCCUCAUGUUCCAGGUUCUCAAUACUAUUUUUUGCAUAGAAAUUAUUUAUGGGACAUGUUAAAUGGAAAUCAUCUUCGAAAUUUCAUUUAAUUUA